UCACAGUUUCAGUUUAAUGUAAUGCAGAUAUCACAUCACUGAAGAGCAACACUGAUUAUAGAUCUCUAAAAAUAACCCAGAACCCAACACCAAACAACAGCGGACAGCGAUCUGCAGCUCUUCAAGAGACCAAACAAACACACAACACUACACAACCUGUAAAAGAGCCUGAAGUGGGGUUUCUGAGGGUGCUGCGGAUGGUUUCAGAGCUGUGUGUGGGGUGAUAAUCCUGAAGAUGAGCUCUGCACAGGCUGAAGACGAGCAGGACUACGAGACGCCCAGCUGCUAUGAGCUGCAGAAACACUUCACACACGGCGGCGUCGCAUACACACACGUCAACGAGGUCUGGCCUGGCGUCUACAUAGGGAACGAAGAGACAGCGAGGGACCGUUAUAAGCUGCAGACCCUGGGCAUCACACACAUCCUGAACGCGGCGGAGGGCGAGUGGAACAGUGUGGACACCGGCGCUGAAUAUUAUAAAGAUAUGCAGAUUCAUUACUACGGCGUCACAGCGGAGGACACGCCCACUUUUAACAUCAGCCAAUACUUUUACAGCGCAGCAGAGUACAUCCAGCAGACCCUCAGUGACCCACACAAUAAGCUGCUCCUGCACUGUGUAAUGGGCCGCAGCCGCUCCGCCACACUCUUCCUGGCGUUCCUGAUGCUCCAGCAGAGGAUGAGUCUCCUGCAGGCUGUAGAGCAGCUCGCUCACCGCAGACACAUCUGCCCUAACUGGGGCUUCCUGAAGCAGCUGAGAGAGCUGGACACACACCUGCAGGAGGAGCGGAGGCGCACACACACCUGACACACACACACAUAGCUGCUGGAGAAGUGGAGGCACACACACACCUGCUAGAGGAGCGGAGGCACACACAUACCUGAACAUAGACACACACAGCGCUUCACAAUCAGCAGGUCCUGGUGCAGGAGGUCAGCUAGGGUUCAGAGGUCAGCAGGUGAUAGUCACAUGACAGGUACUGUGUUGAUCCUCACAGCUGCUAAAUGAACAGCUCAGAGGUCAUACACAGAUGUGCUGGUAGAUGAGUGCAGAUGUGGAGCCUGAUGUUCAGUGACUGUAGAGAUGAGGAAUUAACUCAAUAUGAAUGUUGUGAUCCUGCUGUGCUCAGAGUCUCAGUUCUAUUGCUGAUAUUAAUAUUGAUCAAUUAUCAUCAAUAUAAACACAUUCAUCAAUGUUUAAAAGGCAGAAAAAUAUAUAUUAUUAUUAUUAGACUUUACACACCUGAAACUUGUCUAUAGCACUUGUUCACUGCUGCUCUUAUAGUUGUGUAAAUUGCUUCCUUGUCCUCAUUUGUAAGUCGCUUUGGAUAAAAGC